GAGGAGCAUCCAGCCUCCGAGAGACCAGGGAAGCACCGCUGCGUUUGGCAGCCUCUGCAUCUUUUUAAGAGGGUUUUCCAUUCCUGAGGUUCUUUGCAAAUUGUGUUGUGUGACUUUCCCCCUCAUCCCCGGUUGGGUUUCCAGGAGGGCUCUGUGAAGUCUCAGAGGGAAAAGAGACCGAGCGAGGGAAAGAGAGAGACUAAGUGGGGAGCAGCACAAACUGCAACGCUGAGCGCCCCGUCCGCAGAGCCCUCUCUCCGCGGAGCAGCGCGCCCUCCGGAGCCCAGCGCGGACCGACCGACCUCGGCGUGGCCACCAUGGGCGGGCGAGUGCAGCCGGAUCGGAAACAGUUGCCGCUGGUCCUACUGAGAUUGCUCUGCCUUCUCCCCACAGGACUGCCCGUUCGCAGCGUGGAUUUUAACCGAGGCACGGACAACAUCACCGUGAGGCAGGGGGACACGGCCAUUCUCAGAUGUGUUGUAGAAGACAAGAACUCGAAGGUGGCCUGGUUGAACCGUUCUGGCAUCAUUUUCGCUGGACAUGACAAGUGGUCCCUGGACCCCCGGGUUGAACUGGAAAAACGCCACUCUCUGGAAUACAGCCUACGAAUCCAGAAAGUGGAUGUCUAUGAUGAGGGUUCCUACACAUGCUCGGUUCAGACACAGCACGAGCCCAAGACCUCCCAAGUUUACUUGAUCGUACAAGUUCCACCAAAGAUCUCCAACAUCUCCUCGGAUGUCACUGUGAAUGAGGGCAGCAAUGUGACCCUGGUCUGCAUGGCCAAUGGCCGUCCUGAACCUGUUAUUACCUGGAGACACCUUACACCAACUGGCAGAGAAGUUGAGGGAGAAGAAGAAUAUCUGGAGAUCCUUGGCAUCACCAGGGAGCAGUCAGGCAAAUAUGAGUGCAAAGCAGCCAAUGAGGUCUCCUCGGCAGAUGUCAAACAAGUCAAAGUCACUGUGAACUAUCCUCCCACUAUCACAGAGUCCAAGAGCAACGAAGCCACCACAGGGCGACAAGCUUCACUCAAAUGUGAGGCCUCGGCAGUGCCUGCUCCUGACUUUGAGUGGUACCGGGAUGACACCAGGAUAAACAGUGCUAAUGGCCUUGAGAUUAAGAGCACAGAGGGACAGUCCUCCCUGACGGUGACCAACGUCACUGAAGAGCAUUAUGGCAACUAUACUUGUGUGGCUGCCAACAAGCUGGGGGUCACCAAUGCCAGCCUAGUCCUUUUCAAGCGUGUUUUACCCACAAUCCCCCACCCCAUUCAAGAAAUUGGCACCACCGUGCACUUCAAGCAAAAAGGACCUGGGUCGGUGAGAGGAAUAAACGGAUCCAUCAGUCUGGCCGUACCACUGUGGCUGCUGGCAGCAUCUCUGCUCUGCCUUCUCAGCAAAUGUUAAUAGAAUAAAAAAUUUAAAAGUAAUUUAAAAAACACACAACAAUGUGUCACACCAGAUACAGAGAGAGAGAGAGAGCACGUGUGCAAGAUGGUGGGGGGAGACUUCACAACUUUGUGUGUUUAUAAAUGAAGGGGUAAAUACGAAAAUGAAGAAAAUCCAACAUUUAAAGCAAUUUUAAAGUCCAUCAAUAAAAAAGUUGAGCAUAAUUCAGGGUGGGAAAUGAAAUGUUCUACCAUGAUCUGUGUAUAUCUACUACAAAUGAAUGCCAUGUAAAGGCAUCUGGAUAUUGUAAAAAAUAAGAUCAAGAAAAACCACAUGGAUAUUCACCACCAUCACCCCACACACACAAUUUGCCCUUCCUCUUCCAUCUGUUUUCUUCUGUGGGGAAAAAUAUAAGGUCUUGCCUUUGAUGUUUAUAUUUCCAUAAUCUGUUUAUUCUGUUCUCAUUUGAGCUGACUGAUAGCCAUUUCAGACUAUUAAUGGAAUCUUGUGUUGAACCUUUAUCAGACUACCCUGCCUCCACUCUUUCUCCAACUUUCGAGAUCACCCCUGUAUUUCCAGUGUGUUUUAUCGUCCCACAACCACACUAAAGAGUUCUCUUUAUCCAGCCCACCUGACCUCUCCUUGCCCCAGCGCCCUCCGGAAUACUUGUCACGCCGCAGAUGGUAGGAAGUGCCAUUUUAAGUUUUUCCAUUGUGCGUGUGUGCUCAAGUCUCUCGCUCUCACGUGAGUGCACAUGUGUGUGAGAGUGUGUGUGUCUCUCUCUAAAGCAUGCCAAGGGAAUGGUCCAUGUGUACAUAGACUCAUUGUGCUGUAGAUACUGUCCUGCAUUGUAAUUGUGACAUGCGGCUGUAACGAGUUGCUGGGGGAGAUGGCUGGGAGGCAGGUAAGGAGCAGACUCCUCCAUUCAUGGCAGUCAUAGGACAUCAGUAAGGAUUCAAAACAAGCUGUGUCCCCUUCCAAGGGCAGGACCCCAUAUUCCUCCUAAUCUCAUCUUCAGAACCCAGUCAGGAGUCACUCAGAAUAUCACUGUCAAUGAAAGUGCCUACUAUCGAUGGGGUGAGCGAACAGAUUUCACUGAUUUCAUGAGUCUGAGGGAUUCAUAAAUUUUCUGGCUUUUGACAGGCUUGGGCCUUGCUUCACUGCAGAAGUGAACAGCAUACGCUGAGCAAGGCCCCCGCAAUGGGAGUGUUAAAGUGUUAACUCCAUGAGAAGAGUAAUGAGCCGCAUGGAGAUACCGAGCAGCCCUGUUUUGCUUUCCCCCAAUCUUCAAACAAUAUUGCAUUUGCCCCAUAAAUUUCCCUGAGCAGAGAUCAUUUCCUCUUUCAGACAAUACAGUGAGUGUGAGCAAGACAGGAAAAGUGGACAGAUGCCCCUGGCCCUUCCCCACAUUCUGUAGAUACUGCUGGAGCACUAAUUUGAAACACCAAUACUAAAGACAAAGAAUUCACUUCUCGUGCCCCUUUGUAAUGUUUGUCCUGGUGUUGUAGCUAAUACCAUUGUUGGUUGCAUAUAUCACCCCUUCUGUUCUAUAGAUGAUGUCUGUACCUCCAUUGUUAUAAAGCUCAUCAUUAUACCAGGCCAGGCCACUAGGGAAUACAGUACAGUCACAUCCCUUGCUCUAUUUAAAUUUGCAUCUUUACACAUCAUCUUGGCUUUAACACAGACAUGUGAGCUAACUCCUUAACCAAGAGAUUUGGGUCACUCGUAAUUAAUGUAGGUAGAAGUGAUAUGAAAACCACAAAAGUUAGUAUCACCACAUAACCUGAAGUGUUUUCUUAGCCAAGAUCUUACAGAGGAAGCUGGCUCUCUGUCAAGAAACUGUGCAUUGCUUACACUUAGACUAUAGGAGGCCCUGGAAAGUGGUUUGGCUUUUGAAAGGACAAAGGCGAUCAUAAUUCAAUACAAUACCACAGAGUCAAAUAUAGUAGCUCAUCAACUGCUUGAACCUCGAAAAUGACUGUCACAUGAUAUAAAAUGACAAAUUUCAUAAUUGGAAAUUUUGCAGUUUAGGCAUGCAAGAGAGGAAAAAUUAUAGAUAAGAGUAUUUUAGGCAGAUCCUGAAACAGGACAGAAAUUUUUAUUCAAGAAGGUAGUUAGCAAAAAAAUAAAGAGCAAGUGAGCCAUAUUCCUAUGUAUCAUAACUUAUUGACAAUCGGGGAUUUCUCUAGCUGUUUGGUCUUCUUAAUAUAGAAAAAAUGGUUAUUACUUUUAAUGUCAUACAUUCCCCAUGUGUGGAAGAGUCACUCAGUCCUUAAGUGGAAACUUUGAAAGAGUUCAUAAUCAUUUUAAAGAUGCAUGAAGAGAAGAGGAACAGGAGUUAACUCUGACAUCAUUGUCACCCUUUCAGCGCAGAGAUCUGUGCAUGUCACAGGCUUUAUUCAUGUGCCUGGCCUUCUUAUCAUCUACAUCCUGUCAUAGGAAGAGGUCUUGGUGUUAUGGGAGAAGCAGCUCCACUAGAAGGAAUGUGUUGGCCACAUCAGUAUCAUUGGUUAUCUUGGUUUUAAUAUAAUGGACCAUACAUUAAACAUAAUUAAACAAAUAUUUUAAAAUGUGGUGUUUGCCUAUAUCUUGCAAGAUUAGUGAUUUUAAUAACUUCAUUUCUUGCUCUCAUUUCAGAGAAAAUACUGGCCCCAGAAAUCUCAUAGGGUAAGGAAUGUCUCUAGGUUUUGCAGAGAAUGAAAAUCACUGCAAUUUGGACAGAAGUUGAAAAUAAAUGUAGGCUCAGGAUAUAGACACCAAAAAAUCAUCAAAUCAUAAGUGACUUUCAAAUUUAAUUCAUUAUAUUAUUAGCAAUCUGUUUAGGAGUCUUACCUAUUGGCAAUCAAAACACUAAAAAGCACCAGCUUUGGGAAAUAAUAUACUGAGAGGCAUGGAAUGCAUCAAAUAAUCUCAAUGGCUAAUAUAUCUCAUGGCAAUUGUAUACAAAAUGAAACUCCCAUUAAUAAAACAAAAUCCUUAGCCCUAAUUUUCAGUUAAGAAAAAUGGAAGUAACACUUCCUGAAGAAUGACCCAGAGCACUUCCUGAAGAAUGAAAACUCUCCUAGGUUUUACAACUAUAGAAUUUUAAUUAUAUUAUCUGUGUAGAUGCUUACUGGAAAGUUUUUGCUUUGUUAAUGAAAGAGCUUUUCUUGUUUUUAAGACAUAAAAUCCCUCUAUUCUAGAAGAAUUAAAGCUAAUGGAAGAGCAGCUAUGCGUUCUAUAGGGAGGGAUUCCUACAGGUCUUUGCCUUCUCUUCCAAGUCAGACAGACUUCUCUCUAGCCAUGGGCACUUUUUUUUUACUAUGUAAUCAGACACUUGGGGCUAUAAUAGAGACCUUGUAAAAGUACUCGUGAUUUUCAUGUUCUUGGAGGAUAGAAACAAAAAUCUGUUUCACCUCUGAUAAUGGACUUACCUCCUUUGCACACAAAACUAAAACUCCUCAGCAUGAAAUUAUUUGAGUUAUUCUUUAUGGAGUUCUAAUCAUCUUACUCCCGAGUCACACGUUCACCUCUGCGUUGCUUAUGCUUUGACUGUUUUUAAGCCAAGUCUUCUUGAACGUCUCAUUUUCUUUUUCGCACGCUUUGAAUUAUUUGCAGAAAAAAUAAUACAUGUGUGUGUUUUUUAAUCUUUACAGAUGCUAUAUUUACAAUAAUAUAUGUAUUAUAAGAAAAAUUUAGUGUAACAGUUUAGAUUUACAUGGGAGAAAAGUAAUGAAUUUGGUUUAUUUUUUAAAAAAAGAGCUAUGCUUCGUUAGAAAGCCCCAUUUUGCCCAUUUUGUAACUAUUUUGCUUAAAAGAAAUUUGUUUAUGGGCCACAUACUUUGAGAAUAACCAUAUCCUUAUUUUUUUCUUCAUCCUUAUAAACAUGUACCCCAGAUUUAAUCUUGGCUCCCGAUAAUAUUAGCUUUUAUAGCAAUAUAAGUGCAGUGCUAUCUCUGAUGUGGAAAAAAUAUAUAAAAACUUCCAAGACAAAUGAACAUAUUACACAACUGGUGAGAUAAGUCCUCAAGUUAAGUAACACAUAUCCUCUUUAGGAAGUCUCCUUUCUUAAGUACUUAAAAUAUUUCUCCUCAAAGACUACAUUUGCCCCAAAGAUAUAAAUUUUCCAUCGUGGUUGACAUAAUAACUGUAACACCUCACUAAAUGCAAAAUGGAGUUUAUAUUUUCAUGCAUACUUGUGAGAAGAGAGGUAAACUAUUCCUAUUUGCAUUUAGUUAUGUUGUGCAAAUGUCACCAACUGAAAUUCAAGAAAGAAUUUGUUUUCACCCAGCAACUUACAUCACUUUUCUCUUGGCAAAGUGACUAGCUGUUAACAUUAGGUUUAGGAUUAACAUUUGCAGCCAUGGAAUGUUUAUGGAUAUUGUGGAAAACUUAUUUAAAGUCUUGAUUUCUUUUCAGCACAUUUACAUACUCUGUGCUGAUUAAUAAAUUAGACACCAAUCAUGUGUAAAUCAAUGUAAAUGCCUAGUUUAUGUACAUAAUAUAAACUAUGUAAACUUCAUUUUCCAUGCAGGGCCCAAAUUCAGCUAGACCUGUAAAUCUUCAACAGAAAAAUUCAAAUGAAAAUGAACAGCCUAAGUAUUACACAGGUCAAAAUGGAAAGUAGGUCUAAAGGCUGAAGUCUAAGGUGGCCUCAGCCAAAAGAAGCAGACCCACAGCUAAAUUUUCAGCUUCCCCUCUGUGCAAGUCACAAAUAAGUAGUUGAUCAUCUUGAUCUUCGAGACUUGAGUGGGAGCUCUCCCAAAUUUUGCCUGACCCCAAACAAAGCUAGAGGAAUAAAGAGAUAGAGAGGGACAGCUUGAAAGGUUCUGUGACUGUGUCAGCUCCUCGGCAUCUUGGUAUUGCUUCCUCACCAUCUAAGACAUCUCAUUUAAGUAGCUGCAAGGACGUUACCUAAAUUUCGAUGAGGAAAAGAUUACUCCAGUUUGGUUUUCCAUUCAACAAAACAUUGAGAAAGAUCACUUCUAAUAUAUUGUGGGAUACCAGAAAUGUUAUAUCCUUGAGAAAUGUCUUGCUGAGUUAUCUUAGAAAAUAACUUUUACUUUAAGUAAAAGUAAAGAAAGUAGCUUUUACUUGACUUGUGUUUCUAUACCUUUACACUGAAUUUUACAAAUAGGGGACAGAAUCUUUUCAAUUGUAAGUAUCAUAAGCAUGAUUCUUAUAUACUGAUAUAUAUAUAUAUAUAUAUAUAUAUAUAUAUAUAUAUAUAUAUCAGAUGUCACCAACUGAAACCCAAGAAAGAAUUUGUUUUCAUCCCAGCAAGCUUUAUCUCUGUAUCUCUUUUCUUUCAGCAAGGAAGACAUUUUUACUUCCUUAUAAUCUGAACAAAGGGUAGAGUCAUCAAAGAUAUGACUUUAAAAAUAGAUGCUUUACAAGGACUGUUCUAGGAUAAUUCAGGCCACAUUAACAUGAGACUUAAAUUUGUGCACCUCCGUGUAAAAUAAAAACACUUUAAAGUAAAGUGGGAGUCGUAUUUGAUCAGAGGUCAAAAAAAAAUUGCUUGUAAAGCAGCCCUAGUCGCAAACAUCUAUAUGCUAUCGGUAAAUCAUUUAAACUGUCCGAUUCUUGGUUUCCUCAUCCUGAAAGUGCGGAAUUCUGCUAACGUUUUUUAACCUCUUUUGCCUCUUACCUCUGAUCCUAAAUAGGAAGUGAACGUUCCCUUCUUGCUGUGCCCACUUAAUUAUUCCAAGCAGCUUUUUGUCAUCUCUAGUCUGAUCUCAGAAUCAUCAUGCUAUUAUCUCUACUUAAGCGUUUAAAACUUUCUAGAAUACAGGGUCUUUGGAUUGAUUCUGUCUCUUCUAUCAAAACUCACUAGCAAUGCAGAAAAGGGAUACACUUAGAUUAUACCGAGGUCAUUGAAAUAGCUGGGGUUUCUUUUGUUUACAGUAUUAUAAAAUCUAACUCUUGAACUAUAUAUAGCCUAAUAACCUUCAUAAGAAAGACAAUUGCCAGAUUGGACAUUAUGCUUGUAACAAAUAAGGAAUUUGUGCACAUGAAAAGAACAUCCAUUUUGUUGUUUGUUUGGUUUGGUUUUGAUUUGGUUUUUGCUCAUACUGGGAUGAAUGCCUCAUUAUAGUAAAAGUGUGUCCUUGGCUUGAGCUGAUGGCCACAGCAUAUGGUCCCAGGCAAGUUCAAAUGGAUAAUCUGUAAGAAACAGCCAAGACAAUAUAUUUUUCUUGAGAGAGAUAUAUUUCCUGAAACUUGACUUAUGGGCUAUGAAAUCAAGCAAGUAGAGAGGCAAAAAAUAGGCCUCAUUUUUGAAGUCCAGGUCUGUAAUAUCUAAAGAAGUAGAAAAUAUGACAAAAACAUACUUCAGGUGGUAACAGUUGCAGACAGAAUUAUUGUGAAAGCCAAAAUCAAAUGUGAAAGUUAAGUUCUCCAAGAGGAGAUUUAAGCAAGCAGGGUGGUUUUGAAGCAGUUACUGGGGAAUUAUUUUCUUCUGCCUUGCUCUGAAUGAACUGAGCAUGAGUUCAUUUGCCUCACAUUAUCUGAGAAGUUCAGUUUAGCAUCUGUCCCAAGUUAUCUUUUCACUUAUUGACUUAAAGGACAGAAGGAAUGCAAGUCUCCCAAACCCUGAAGAGCAGGGCUUACUUAAAUUUCCCAACAUUGGCAUUGCUUUGUGUAAUAAGAUACACACAGGGCUCAGAGCACUGUGUACAGAUGUAGAGAUGAAGUUCUCCUUAAGCCAGUGAUGGCUUGUCCAUCGAAAAGCUUCACGUUUCCAUGGUUGUCUCAGAGGUACUUGUUUUUGGGUGGUGCUCCUGAAUCUACUCCUACAGCUCCUUCUUCACUGCAAAAGCCUUCUCUAUGCCUCGUUCCAGGUACAGUUAAAAAUCUGCUUGUUUGCAAGGAAGAAAACACAUGGAACUACUAGCUUCGUGGCACGCAGCAGCGAGCUUAAGCUACCCCGAGCUUUUUAUAAACCCACUUCCCUGAGUCUUUGCUCUUCACCGGGAAAUGCAAAAGACUUGUCCUGGUGAACUGUGGCCAGGUUCUGCUUUCUAUUUACUGGGCAGGGUGGGUGGGAGAUCUAAGGGAGGGAAAGGCUGGGGAGAGACACAGAGGUGAACUCCUCCCACCAGCUCCCCCCACCACUGCUUUACUGGCCUUCUCACUACUCAACUGAAGGUGUACAAAUCCUGCUCUUGGUUAGAAUCCUCCAUAUUAACAGUGUUAUAUACAUAUACAUAUAUAUAAAUAUAUUUCUUUUUUCAGCCCUGUAGACAUGAACUGAUCUUCCCUUGAUGAUGCAAAUCAUGGCCAUUUUUUGGUUUGGUUUUUCUGUUGCAUAAAGUAUUUUGGUUUUGUUUAUUGGAUGAACUUUUUCCCUGGAUACUAGCCUGUGAAGGAAAAUAAAAAGCGCGGUGUGUGUAAAAAAAAAUAAAAUUAAGAAAGAUUUUUUUUCUUUUCCUUUUAAAUGUAUUUAAAUUCUGUUUCUCUCUUCUGUUACUUUACACGUAUGAAUGCUCUGCUCUUCUGUGAUCUUAAACAAAAUCAAUAAAUGUGAAAAGGAGAUGUGUCUUCA